CUUAUGAAAGAAGUCACUGCACUUGGAAGAAACUUACUUCUACAUUUAGGAAGAUUUCAGAUGUUCCAUACUUGGUUUGCUUUUUUGCCAACACAAUGAAGGAAAUGUCCUGCUUUUGCAUGACUUUUUCUUCCUUGUUGGAACAGAUGGUGAAGGCUUACAAAUACAUGACUGGUAUUUUUUCAGUGACUCAUACCUCUGAGCAACAGGCUUCAGAUCGUGAUAAGCAGCCAACCAAGAUGGAUGUAAGCUUACUUGAGGAGCAGUAUGACCAUAUAAAACAGAAGCAAAAACUGCAGUCACACAUUAUUGUAUUUAAAACAGGUGAACAUGAAUCUGUUCUCCCAGAAUCAAUGGUUAAUGCUGUCUUAAUUAAUAAAAAAGCUAGAAGAUCAAAGUCAUUUACAGAACAUGUUCCUGUCAGACAGGUCAGACUGGACAUGACCAGCAGUGGCAACAUACAAGACAACUCACCAUGGCGUACGCACCUCGGAAUUCACCGCCUGGCGCAAGCUCCUUGUCAAGGAGUUCCCUGGGAUCUCUCCCACUGCAAGAACGGAUCAUGCAGUCUGGACAAUCAGAGACUGAUUUCAAAGGGAAACGGCACACUGCAACACAAGGAAUUAGAAGCAGCAAGUGAACUAUCUGCCCUCAGCCAACUGGGAAGUUCAAGCACGUUGAACAGUUUCAGCAAAGAGAACAGCAGCAACAUUUCAAGCACCUGCCAAAAGCUUCCUCCAAAAUCAGCUACUUCAGCAGUUUGGACACAUCACCAUAUUUCUACAAAAUCCAUGCCAGCCUGCAACAAACUGAACUUUUACCCUUUCCCUAUAAAAAGGGGCCCAGAAUUUCUGAAGCAGCAAGGAGGCUUGGAUUAUAUGUCUCGCAAUGAAAACAUUCAGUAA